CGUCAUAACCUCCACUGUGCUUCAGAAUUUGGUCAGAAGUACAAAAAUGUGCCAGGAGUGCUUUGGAAUAAAAUAUUAUGUGCAGAUGAGACCAAGAUAAGUUUUAUCAAAAUACGGGAAAGUUGUACAGUAAGUGGUGGGGGAGAAAGAUAGGAACUAGAGCUGCUUUGAAGAGCACCACCUCAUCUAGGAAGUGUUCCCUGCUCUCUGCGCUCGUUUACAACAACCCUGAACGUGUUAAGGAUCUCGUUACAGACAUUUACAGUACAGUCCGUCUCACAUGACAAGUGGGCGGACUGGCGCAAAGGCAGGAGAAUUCGUGCGCUCCUGUUCGCACCGCGUGGCCCGGACAAACGACGAUGACGGCGGUGCGGUAGGGUAGUUCACGAGAGCUCGUGUUGGGCAGUGGUCAAAAAUGUCAAAAUGCUUCAAUUCAUUUUCGUGCCCCGGAUGUGCCUUCUAACUGAGGAAUUUAUACCGCAAUAGAGCAAUAUUAAAUAUUAGAAGGGUGAACAAUGAUGUGCAGUAGAAGCAACUUUGAGAAUGCAAGGCGAGCCAACUUCAUGUCAUCCAAGGGGCUAUGGACAGAGAUGGAUGAGCAGCAGCUUCCUCAAAUACUAACCGAAAGCAAACCUGGAGACUAUAAACAAGACAGCAUUCGACAGUGGCUGAUCUCUGGGCGUACGGAGGAUGCAAAUCAAGACACAGCUCAGUGCUUGGAGCAAGCAGGGUCUCUGAAGAGGCUUGUCAGUGCAGAGGAUGACUUAAUUUUGGGUGUUGAAGCGUCAUUAUAUGGACAGAACACACCUCGCAAGACGGUACAAGAAUAUCUAAGAUCCCUGAAGUCAUCCUUAGGAAACCCUGUGCUGUCAAGGUGGAACAGUUUGGCAUCCUCACAUUCAGCUGCUUCAGGAAUAGUAAGUGUCAUGGAUGUGUUGGAAUUUCGGCAUGAUGACCCGGAAGAGCUCCUGUUAGACCUGGGAUUUGGCAUGGAAGAGCCUGACAUUUCUAUUAAAAUCCCAGCGCGGUUUAUCAACUAUGCAUCGCAAGCAAGGGGCAUCAAUAUCCAGGUCUUCCUGCAAGCACAAAAGACUCGGAUGGAUAUAGAGAACCCUGACUUCAGAAUUCGCUUCCGUCAGCUGGAGGUCUUGCAGCAGGUGACCAGUGCCUUUUCCUCUCUGGUCCACAACGGGGGGGUGGCGACGCAGCCGCCGGGCCCUGUGGGCGGGGGGGCUGCUCAAGGAGGACCCCCGGACGCGAAGGACAAGAGAACAAAGGUCGGCAUGCUUUUCCGGUGGGCCUCCAAAAAGACCAUCAGUUUGGGACAGACCGGACGGGGGCCGUCCGGCGUCCCGGAGUCCGCAGAGCCUCCUGAAACCCCGCCGUCCCCGCGGAGGCCCGCUUUCAAGCGCGCCAGGCCGUGUCUCCCGGAAAGUGCGUCCUUGACCCCGCUGGAGGAAGAGCUCGGCCCCGCCGGUGACAAAAAGCCCAUAUCCUGCCCUGAGGACUUGACCGGACCGGUGAACGACACCCUGAUGUCCCAGCCUCCUCCGAAAGAAAGGGAGCCAGAGCGUUCCCUGGCCUCGGAGACAGGCCACAGAGUGAGAGCGGCCAAGGAGCCUCGCUGUGGUGCUACAAGACGAAAACAGGGAGGAGACCGAGAACCUCCCGAGUCCUUUGAGAUGGAGGAGAUACACAGCUUUGAUGAAGGAAGCAUUUCAGGGAGCAUCACCACGCCAGGAGCAGAAGAUAUUUUAGGAGGGGGUGUUAUAAGGACAAACAGUUGCCAGUCAGACAGCAGUGGGUUUCUGGAAGAACCUUCUGUUCCUUCACUUCUGCCACAAUCAUCGCCUGCACCUGAGGUAUUGAAGGCAUUGCAUACAAUAUCUGGAGACAGCAUAGACAGCCAGAGUACUCUGAAGGGAAGCAAGGAUCUAUCUUUCUCAAACACAGAAUCUGAAGAAGCAGAACUUUCAAAGACACCCAAGCUGACAUCAAGUGACCACACUGAUGCAGUUUCAGAUCUGGGAUUUGGCCAUAACAAAAUAUGUUCUGGGACUGAUGUGGACACUGGAGACAGUACAGAAGACAGUAAAGACUGUGAAAUCCAGAAAUGUUUGAAAGCAGAACAAUCAGAGGCAUUAUCAUUGCAAGACUGCGGAUCCAAUGGAAACGUGAAUGAGGGAAAUUUAAAUGACAACAUUUAUAACAAAGAAAAUGGAAAGGCAGAGCGACGGCUGAAGACUAGUACAGAAACAUAUGCUUCUGACUUAAAUAGUCUGAUUCCCGACAAAGAACUGGAAAUAAUAUCUUCUUUGGCCUUGAAUGUAAAAGCUAUAAAUGAAGAAAAUCAGGUACAGAUACCUGCUUUCAAAGAGGGAACAACAGCCGGGUUGAACCUCAGCACAAAGAAUGAUAAAUCCCCAUAUGAAGAUGUUACAGAGACACAAACAUUAAUUCGGGAUGAGGAAUUUCCUGUUACACUAGGUACUAAACGAAGGAUUAGUGAUGCUUCUUUUAAUAAUUCUGAGAUGGAAUGUGAAGGGUCACAAACAGAAACCAACCAGAGAUUUUGGCAAAGUGUAACUGCAGAAACAAUGUUUUCAGACAACAAUUUAGGUGAUUACUCUCCACACCCAAUUCCAGAUUCAGAAAUCAAGACAACUCACAACAUGAAGGACUCACACAUGCAAGCUAAGUCAGGUUUUAGGUCCACCAGAAGUGUCACUGUGCAAAUGCCUUCGAAUCUAGCCUCGUUUUCCCAAAACAGUGUAAAACAAAGUAAAGACACUUCUUUAGGAUCUGUCGCACAGACUUUCCAGAGAGUCCAACAAAAUUCCUGUUUCAACAGAAAUAGGUCUGAUGUUCAAAGUGUUCCUUAUUUAGAACACCCAAAUAAUGUUUAUCAGAUCAACGCUGAUCAUCUACAUAGAACAGCACCUAAACAUGGAAUGCAGAGCUCCAGUUUUAGGACAAAAUCCAUGUCUUUGGAUACUGGGCUUGACCAUGAUGAAAGACAAUAUGAGGAGGUCGUCUCAGGCCAGGUUUCUUGUUGUUGUCGGCAUGAGCACCAUUGCAGCUGCUGUUCAUCCCGUAGCUCAUGCACUUCAAGGGAACAUCACAUCAGUAAAACUUUGGAGCUCCUUCAACAUGCUGUAAGAAACUUUUCCACAUUUCCGUACACGCUGGAGGAAUUAGAAGGCUUGAUAAGAUCUUUACGGAAAUUCCGAGAAACGUUUGUGGGAAUUGAGGAACAACUUGGAAAAGAACAAACUUCAGUUUAUGAUUUUCUGUCAGAUAUUGACAAAGAGGAGGUCAGCUGCAUUCAAGAGUUACGAACAGCUGUGAAAGAGCAAGUAAACGAACUUGAGCUUCAGCUAGCAGAUCUUGCCUUUAAUUAUGACGAAGGAUUAAACAUGCAGGUGCGCAGGCUGCUGGAUGAGCAGUCAUAUCUUCACGCACAGCUAAAGAUAAAAACACCAGAAAACCAGAAGUCCACCUAUUCCUCCCUGCCAGAUCUGGAAAUCAAAUCAACAAGGAGUGUCUCCACACAGUGUUCUCUCCUGCCAGAGAUUCACUUCCAGGAUAUGCUGCCUUUAAGGGAUGCAGCAACAAUGGAGCAAUUUUUGCUAGAGACAGGAGAUAGAGACACACAUCCUGUGGAGGACAGCACCCAGGUUGAGACGGACAUGCAUGCUAGAGAAUCUACUUCCAAAGCACUCAAGAGGCAGGAAAAAGUAGACUUUUUGGCAUUUCUACAAAACUUAAAGGAUUCAUUCCGAAACUCCUUCCACAGGGAAUCUCUGGAAUAAUAGCCAAGUAAAAGGUCCCUGCAGCAGUCCCAUGGGAAGAAACAGUUUAAUCCAGAUUUAUUUUAUAAUUUUUUUUUGGUUUUGUUUCUGCAAUAAAUCACAAAGCCUUUAAUUUUAUUUAAAAAACAUGUAAUUUGUGUUUCUCUUUGUUGCACUUUUGUAGCACUGACCUCAAAGGAACGUGAUACAGUAUGUCCCUAAAAUUUAGCUGAAAUAAAACAUAAAUAUUUCUAACUAUGAAUGUCAAUUCUGAUGGGUCAUGCAUGGCAUUGUACAACACAUGUACAUUAGUCUCUUAAGUUUACAGUAUAUGUAAAUUUGAUGAACUGUAACUGAAGUGAUAUAUAGGAUAGAAAUUAUUGUAUGCGGUCUGUGUGGGUCCUAAUGCCCCAUUAUAGUAUCGAGGACACUGUACUGUAAAAAGGCGCUGUC